AUGGCUCUCGCGAUCUCUCACGAGGACACCCAGGUCUUGCUUCACGACAAGAAUGUGCUCCAGGACUCUGUGCUUGACAAGUACCGCUCUGCCGGCCAGAUUACACAGACGGCUCUGCGCUUCGUCGCUGGCCUAAUCAACGAUUCGUACCACAAGGGCAGUUCCGCGCGUGUGGCCAUCCACGACUUGUGUCUGCUGGGUGACAGCUUCAUGGAUACAUGCCUCGAAAGCUCCUUCAAGAACAAGGUCGCUGAGCGUGGAAUUGCGCAUCCCACGACUAUCGACAUCGAUGAGAUCGCAUCAGGUUGGUGCCCUGAGGUCGAUGACGCGGAUCAGCUGCGUUCCGCAAAUAGUGGUGUGCCUCCUGAGGCCUCUGGCAGCUACAGAAGCGCUGACGGCUAUCUUGCUCCUGGAGACGUGGUUAAGAUCACUCUCGGUGUGCACAUCGACGGUUACACGACGCAGGUCUCUCACACCAUGGUUGUGUAUCCCACCGAGGCUGGAGCUGACGGAAAUGCAAUUCCAACUGGUCCUUUACUGGGCAACAAGGCUGAUGCGUAUGCUGCCACCCACAUCGCUAUGGAAACAAUUGUGUCGCUACUCGCAUCUGCGCUGACACCCGAGAAGCUACCUCGUGCGCUUGCCUCCAACGGCCAAGUCACCGGACACCUUAUCCGUACUGUCGUUGAUACAAUCGCACGCACAUACCGUUGUUGUGUUGUUCCAGGCUCCAAAGUUCGCCGUGUCAGAAGGUUUUUGGCCGGUCAAAACGAAGGUAUCGUUGCCGAAAGGGAAUACAAAGGUGUUGCUUGGUUUGAAUCCGACCAAGAAGCCGCCAUGUUACAAAAGUCUGCUGAGAACACUAAGGAUCUAGUUACGGUCGCCCCAUCUAAGCGCGCCAAUGUAUCUGCUGUUCCAACCGACGACUUUGUGGUUUCUCCUGGUGAAGUAUAUGUGAUCGACUUGCAAAUGGCUCCAUUAGACGGUCUUGCUCCGGGUCUAGUUACAUUGGAAAACGUUGAUAAUUUCUCCGGUAAAUCUCACAGAGCUGAUCAAUUAGUCGCCAGACCUGGUGCAUACGUCAGAGACUUUGCCCACACCCACAUACUGAAACUGAAGACCUCUAGACAGUUGCUAACAAAGAUCGACAGACAAGGCGUGUAUCCUAUCAAACUGUCGCACUUAAGUGACGCCUUCCCACUUGACGUUGCAGAUGUCGACGCUACGCAGCUCGCUGCGCUCUCGAAAGAUCUCAAGAGUUACAGACUAGGUAUGAGCGAGAUACUAAAUAACUACUUGGCUGUUCCAAACCCUAUCCGUAUUGCUAAAUGCAUUCCAUGGGAAAAGAUUUUGAAGACUGCCAAUCCUACCGGUACCAUGGGCAGUGAUGCCACGACGCGUGCACUCCCAGGUCAAGAACUUCCCCUACCUCGUCUAGGAAUUUCCUCUUUGAAAUUAAAGUCCUUGUUAAAACAUUCCGUCUCAGUACCUGUUGUUCGCGAGAGUUGUACCGUCGUCCUAUGUACUGCAGACGUCACCGCUGGCAAACCAGAGCUCCUAAGGCUAUCAGGUGGUAGCAAGACCUGUCAACCCAGCUGGGUUCAUUCCAAGUUCGAAUUAGACCAAUCAGACGCGUUCAUUCAAGGUAUAUUCCAACUUGCACAACUCUCAAAGGACAAGAGAUUUGGUAUUGCCAUCAGAGAAACCCAACCUCUAAAGAAACAGAAUUUGGCAUCUUCAGUAUCUAUUCCAGCACCUACUCAGGACGUCGAUAUGGCCUGA